UACGGGUGUUUUAAAAAGAGGCAAUGUGGCCUAGUCAGUAAUUUUUUGUUCCCAGAGAUUGAACGGUGUGAGUUUCGAUGUUUUACUGCUAUUGACAGCUUUAUAAUACCAAGAAGGAAGGUCAUAAGAACUCCAUGGUUUUGUCAAGAUGCCGAUAUCUGAUCUGAUUUCUUCACUUGGCGAUAAUCCGUAUUUUUCAGCCGGCUUUGGGCUAGUGGGAGUGGGUACUGGCCUCGCACUUCUGAGAAAAGGAUCACAGUUUGGCAUGAUAUUUUUUCGUCGCCGUUGCAUGAUAACUUUAGAGGUACCAAGCAAAGACAAAAGCUAUCAAUGGAUGCUGCACUGGAUCACGAAUCGCGCCUGCAAAACGCAACAUCUGAGUGUGCAAACCAGUUACCAUCAAAAUGAAACAGGGAAGAUUAAAACGACAUUUGACUUUGCACCAAGCCCUGGUACCCAUUUCUUUUGGUACAAGAAAAACUGGGUCAAAGUAGAAAGGAAUCGAGAAAAAGGAAUGGUGGACUUACAUAGCGGGGCACCUUGGGAAACAGUAACAUUAACAUCUCUUGGUAGAAAUAAGGAAAUAUUUUAUGAUAUGCUUGAUGAGGCGAAAAGUUUGGCAUUAUCACAACAGGAAGGAAAAACAAUUAUGUACGUGCCAAUGGGAGCUGAGUGGAGGCAGUUUGGCUUUCCUAGAAGACAGAGACCAUUAAAUUCAGUCAUUUUGGAUGAUGGACUUGCUGAGAAAAUUUUAGAUGAUGUAAAAGAUUUUAUUGCAAAUUCAAAAUGGUAUACAGAUAGAGGAAUUCCUUAUAGGAGAGGCUAUUUACUUUAUGGGCCACCAGGAUGUGGUAAAAGUAGUUUUAUUCAAGCACUUGCUGGUGAACUUCAAUAUAGUAUCUGUGUAAUGAACCUUGGAGAGCGAGGUCUUAGUGAUGACAGACUCAAUCACUUAUUGAGUGUGGCCCCUCAACAAAGCAUUAUAUUAUUGGAAGAUAUAGAUGCAGCAUUUAGCAAAAGAGAAGAGGAGUCAAAGAGAAUGGAGACUACUGGCUAUUAUGCAAACCAAGUAACGUUCAGCGGCCUACUGAACUGUCUAGAUGGCGUAGUUUCGACAGAAGAGCGAAUAGUUUUUAUGACAACAAACUUCUUAGAUCGAUUAGAUAAAGCAUUGGUUCGCCCUGGUCGUGUUGACGUGAAAAUGAAGAUCGACUACGCUUCGCCGUCGCAAAUUUGCCGUACUUACGAACGAUUCUACCCUGAAGCAAACGCGCUGAAAGCGAGACAAUUUAGCGAAACUAUCGUAAAAAGUAGUCGCAACUAUAGUAUGGCGCAACUUCAAGGACAUUUUCUACUUUACAAGGAUGACCCAGAGGGCGCAUUGAAUAAUGUUGAUCAAAUUUUUGAAACUUGAUUUUUAGUGCUAGAUUUUGAGAAGCGAAUGAAUCAGAUUUGUUUCUGUUUUUCAGCAGA